AUGCCCAUACUUCUGUCUGCCUAUGAGGCCCCAGAAGAUAAGGAGGACAUAUUUGCCAAGAAGGCCUGUCCUGCUUUCUUGGCAUUUGAAAGUGCGGCGUACUUGGAGGACAUGACCAUCGAGCUUCCCUGCCGCUGUAAACCCGAGGAGGCCCACUCCGUGGUCUGGUACUAUCAGAAACACCUGGGCAGCAACAAGACUAGAGUCCUGACCGACUUUGAUGGCACUUCCGUGGUGGAUUCAUCCCAGGUGGGCCACGGGACUGUCCUGCGGAGUCGUUUUUCCAUUCGCCUCUUCAGUCUCCUCAUCUUCCGGGCCCAGGAGGCAGACACGGGACACUACGUGUGCGGGACCAGCUCAGGGCAGUUUUUCUAUGGCUAUGACGUGGAUGUGCAACAGGCCCGGCGGAUCUCAUUCCACCAGAAGCCUGGUGUCCCAGCACCAAAGCACAAGCAGCCAGCACGGAUAGGCCGGCUUGGGCCGUACCAGGUGUUCACCAGUUUCUGGCCGUGGUCGGUGUGCGACCGCUGCGGCGUGCGAGGCGAGCAGACCCGCGUGGGAUUGUGCUACCUCCAGAGUGACUACCUGCACGUCCGCUACAUGCGAUCCUCCCCUGGGGUGGCCCCCUGUGGCUCCUCCGCAGUGCCGCACCGCUUCCGGCUGGGCAGAGGGGAGAAGGGGGCGGAGCUGGCAGUGCGCGGCUGCCACUACCCGUGCCCGCCGGAGCCCGCGGUGAACGUGGAGCGCAAGACCCUCAUGGAGUUCCUCGGGUAUGACGAAGUGGCGUCACGGGUGCCCGUCUACUACCACAACCACCCGGUGGACUCGCCGCUUGUUCUGGCCUGCCCCGGGGCCAAGCCUCACUAUGCAGUGGCCUGGGACCGGGGGCAGGUGCCGCUGUACCGGGCACAGUACAUGGAGGGCCUCAACAAGACAGCUCGGGUCUACAUUGACGCCGGACACCACCUCCACUUCCGCCCAGUGAAGCUGACAGAUAAGGGCUCCUACCACUGCUGGCUGCAGGGCAAGCUUGCCGCAGAGAUCAGACUGGGGGUCUACCUGCGGCUAGGGCGCCAGCGCCAGCUCUCCGAUCCUGAGUCCACGUACGCCCUGCAGGCUAUUUUCUUAUGCUACGCUGCGUACACCUUACUUUUUCUCCUGUUUCUGGUGCUCAGGUUUUCAUGGAAAUGUCUAAAAGGGAAACUGGCAUAA